CUCGAGCUUCUUGGGCACGAAGAUCACGAGAAAAGUACAUACAGGAGAUCCCAGUCGUGUCCUCAGCCAUCGAUCGUUGCUUGUCAUCUUCUGCUCACCAAGAGAUGAGACGUGCUCCUACUUCUAGAAGUAACAUCGAAGAUUUCCUCCACUUUCUCUUUCAGGUCCUCACUUUUUAGCAAGCUGCGUAUUACCUCGCUCCCGUCUGCCCCAUGAUCAGUCUAAUUAAGCAUCCUGCUAUUGAAAUAAACGUAUCGUUGAAUUUUCCCUCCUAGCCACCUGCAGUGUGCGUGUUUUUUUCAGUAUUUGUACUGCACCCGGUCAGCGUGAUGUAAAUUCUGAAUCUGAGUUGUUCGGCUUUAUCAGCCUGAUUAUUUGACGCACAAUGUAAAAACGCGGCGAAACAAUAAAAUCAAAAUGCCCCCUCCUAAGCAGAAGAUCCGUGUUGCCUGCAAGCGGCCGAACCUGAUCGGAGAGGAAAAGGAAGUUCUCAUCGCCGCAAAACCGACCACCAAACUGGAGAAAGUCGUCCGCUCCUGGUGCCAAAACGUCGAUCCAGAGUGUGUCUUCGAGGAACACUGGUUUUUCGUCGAACAAAGUGGAACUGGCAAGAACGCGACAAAGACUGCUGCAGACGGUGGUGGAACAAAUGCUCCUCCACCAAGAUGGACGUUCUUGGACUACGAAAAAAAGGAUUUCGAGAAGGGCCCGGGGGAUUUUCUGGAGCCAGAUCAAACAGAACUGUUCCAGCAACAAGAUGGGACUUCUACCGUGGCAGAUGAGGAAAAUCUUCCGAGGAUAGAAGUUCUCGCUUUCAAAAAGCGAAAGGUCUCGCUGACGGCCAAAGCGGAUCUACUAUGGGGAUUACUUUGCGACGAUGGGAAAUCUUCGCACACGCCACGCGGAGAUGGGGCGGAGAAGGCGCAGGUGGAAGAGGAGUUUCAGCGACGGAAAACUGCGCUUACGCAGAAGCUGGAGGAGAAGUUUCCGGGAUUUGAAAUUCGGAAAGCAGCGGCUUCAUCAAGCGGAGGUCCUCAACAGCAGCCGAAUUUGAAUUCUCUCGCAAGCUUGGAAGUCACCACACCUGUCGACCCGUUGACAUGUUGCAUCGACCCAACUUCUAUCCACAGUAAAUUUAUUCCCGUACUACACGUACAGAUUCAGUCUCUGCAUGACAAAACUUGGCGUCGAUCCUAGUUUAGCAUGACAAGUUUUGCGCUCGUCCAAAUUAGUGAAAUUUGUGAUGCAUGUUGUACAUUUACGGGAAAAUUUGUAUUGCAUAACUUCGAUCGACGAGUAUGGCAACGUUGAUUUGCAAAACCCGAACGGGUCGCAGCUUAUCCUGUGCAAAAGUAUCGUACUCGUAGUAAUUGCGUUUAUGCAUUACAAAUAUCUUUUUCAACGUAAAUCAGCAUUACAAAUUUAAUUUGUAAUGCUGGGCUAAUUUGUAAUGCAAUUUAUACUAGUGCGAUGCUUUUGCAAUUCAUACAACUCAUCUACUUGCUGAAGCAGUGGUUCCUGUCCAUCUUCAAAAAGCCCUACCGGCCGUUUUUCACCUUCGAGGGGAUGAUUUGUGAUGCUACAGAAGGAGCGAGAAGUUCAAUUCUCAGCCUGGGGAAAGUGUCCGCGAGCGAGAUUCUGAACGCGAACGGGAACAAAGCUUCGUCGGGUGGAGGUGGAACUACAGGCUCAUCUAGUAGCACCAGCAAGCCCGACCGAGUAAAGCCCUGGGUCGGCGCUCUGCAGCGGAACAUCGACAACCAGAAGGACGAACAGCAGUUACUGAUAAGAUGCGACACGCCGAAGUUAAGGUUGUGCUUGAACAACAAAAAAAUCACCAUUCUGCCGCAACAAAGAGUACACCAGGUGAAACAGGGCUUGGUGCAAAUCCGCAUGGCCAAUCCAGGGAGCAAGCUGUUCGCGCAACAAGCGGGUGGAGGUGUUGUUGCUGUUGGAGAACAAGCAGGCCAAGGAGCCAUCAAGCCAUCGAUAGAAAUGGACGAGGCAGAGACGAUCGGUAGCUACUGCGUGAACGAAGCGUGUACAUCACUCAGCGAGCUACUGCAUGUGUCCGUCGUGGAUGAUCAAAAACCGAAAGUAGCUGAGCCGCCACCACCACGUCCUCCGAUUUCCACCCCGGUGCAAGCGCAACAUCAAAGCGGGCCUUCUACGAAACCCCCUGUGCCUGUGGAGGUCCACAUUAGUGGCCCGGCGCGCAAAAGCGAAUCGUCCGUACCCAGGCGAGCUGCUGCACCAAGCGGCCAAAUUGUGCCACCCGUAGUUGCGCCAAAACCUGCUGCGCCAACUGCAGCCGCAGUCGAGCGACACGAAGUACCUUCGACACGAAUAAAGCAGGAGGAGCCGCAGGAAAAACAAAAAACCGCUGUCCCAGACGAGAAAGAGAAUCGUAGCACGCCAAAUGCAAAUGCUGCACCAGGACGACAUCCGCAGCAACAAAACGCUAAACGAAGGCGGUCAGUGUCGCAGAAUGACCGUAGUAAAGCCGAAGAGGAAGAAGCGAGUCAGAUAUCAAACAAGAAUCUCCCGGCGGGGGCAAAAAAGCAACCUAAACUCGACCCCCUGGUGGAAUGGCAGCAGGCGCACCGGGUACAUGCGUCGAACGAGAGAGCAAGUCGGCACUUCAACAGGAUGCAGCGAUUUAGGGCCGCAGCUGGGGACGAUGAUGGGGAAGAUCAUGAUGAGCAACAAGAGGGCACCGAAGCAGUUGCUGGCUCCCAGCAGGGAGACGCGUCGCCGAAGCGUCAGGCAACCCCUGGAGAUCAACAUCUCCAAGACGAAACUCCGAUCGACUUCAACCCGGACCGGCGGGAAGCAGUAGAAGCACAACAGGAGCAGGAAAGCGUCAACAUCAAAUCAGAACAGGUUUACAUCAAGGGCGAGCAAAUAAACCUUUCGCCGCGCCAUCGCACCGCCAGCAGUGUCAGUGCGGUUAGUCGGAGAAGCAGAAGUGCGCCUGAAGGAUCUUCUGCAGCCGCUGUUGAUCAACAAGAAGAUAUCAACAGCCACGACCAAGAAACCGACUUCGCCCUCGCCUCCAGCCUCCAGCUACGGCAGUCGAAGAGGCGGAAAGUGGUGGAAUUUGGCGGCGUGAAAGUCGGCGUUGCCACGGAGCUCGCUUACAAACCGGGGUACAGCGAGCUACACGACUUGGACAGCGAUUUUUUGUCGGAGAGCGAAGGAGCUGGUGAAGAUUCUUCAGAAGAUGGCGAUGAAAACAAUCUCGACGAUGAUGAUGAAGACUACUCGGAGAAGGUUCGUAGACGAGCAAAAAAUCCACGAGCAAAGGGAUCACGUAACAGCAGUGGUGGCGGGGGAACAAGGCGGGUGGCUAAACCCAAGAAGCCGAAGCAGAAAGCCGCGCCCAAGCCGAAGAAAAAAACGAAGAAACAGCUGGCGGAUAUGAACUGCAAAAGUAUCGUACUCGUAUAAAUGCAUCACAAAUCUCCUCAGCAUGAGAAACAAAAUUUGUAAUGCGGGUUUGCCUUAAAAUCAAGAUUUGUCAUGCAUGAUUGCAAUACGAAUACGAUACUUUUGCACAGGAUAGCGGAAGAGCAAAAGCAAUUGAUGGAACGUAUGGAAGCGUCAGGUUUGAAAUCGACAAAGUUGAAAUAAUUUGUAAUGCAUAAAAUGCAUGACCCGAGGUACGUGUGUUGCAGAGCAGGCAAGUGAGACCGACUGUAAGGCUGUUUGGGGCUACAGCUCGAGCUGCUAAGGUAGCAUGAGAAAAUCACUCUUCUUUGCCUAAACAGCAUGACAAACUGGAUUUAGGGACCGCCGAAAUUUGUCAUGCGCCACUUGGAAACUGGGUUCCAACUAGCAUCCAUUUUAUGCAUGACAAAUUAUUUCAAUUUUGUCGAUUUCAACUGUGACACAUCCAUAGAACGGGAUCUGGAUUUACUCUUAGAGGAGCACAACCAGGAAAUUUUGUCGAAACAAAACAGCUCGGCGUCCAGUGGGAUAAUAAACCAGGAUGGCGGUGGAGUAAAAACUGACGCAUUGCGCCGUCCUGGAGGUGGCAUAGCAGCAUUCCAGCAAGAACCUCCCCCGGCGCAUGAACAUGAACAUGAUCAACAACAAGCGCACCACCCUCAGCCCGAUGUUUUGCCGGGAGCAGACCCGCAGGAGUUCAACCUCUUUCAAGAUCUGGAUGAUGCAGGGUUUGAUGCUUUGCAGCAGGAAGGCACUGCUUCGAAUCCCAAUGCGCCAAUUGGUAGUGGUACUGCAGCUGCCAACACUAAUUCCGCCGCAAUAGAUGCGUUUUUCCGCGAGGAGAUCCCUCCGUCUAACGACAUCUUCGUGGAGAAUCAAAAUCGGAAUCAUCAGGAACAGCAAGAAUCCAACUCCAAAUCACCUUCACCACCCGGGGGCGGGAGCGGGCCCCCUCCCAGCAGGCGGAGGCUGCAUAAGUUGCACCAGCAGCUGCAGCGAGAGGAGGUAUUUCAGAGUCAGCAAAAUCCUGCACCUCCUCCUCCGAGAGCAGGAGGAAGGCCAAAUACGAGGACACGCCGCGUCGCAGAGCGAUAUUUGAACCAGGACACAUUUGAAGAGAUGGACCGGGAUGCCGUGGAACAAAUUCAGAUCCAAAGUACAGCGGUACAGACUGUCGCAGCGACGUCUACCGCUUCCGGCACGAGGACUCCAUCAGGUUCAAGGAAUACAGCGAGGAGAAGCAAGAAAGUGGACGUCGUGAGCCAGCGCGAAGCGUUGGAACUUGCCAUGGCAUUGUCGCUGUCAAUGGCGGAAUCUGCUGCUGCGCCAGAACCAGAACCACCUCUGGCGGCGAAUGCGAAUGGAAACGGAAGCAGUUCUUCCUCGUCUAGUAGCAGUACGAAUAACAACGCCGUUGGAGGAGGUGGUGCCGCUGGUGCUGGAUAUCCACCUGUUCUUUUUGCGCCUCCUGCCCCAGAUCAGGAGUCAGGAAACCAAAUGACGACAAAAGUUGGAGACGCCGCAGCUGCGCGAGACGACGACGACGACGACGACGGACAAUUGGCAGAGAAUCAGUUUCAAGAUGAUGAGGAUGAUUUGGAGGAUCUAGAAGUUGAUGGGGCACUGUACAGCUGAUUUGUCCGGUUUUUCAAUUGUUCAGCUUGCGAGGCAUACUUACUGUUCGUAGAACGCAUUCGCGUUUACUACGAACUCCACCAUCUGUAAGAUAAAGAUCUAGAUCAAUCGAAAGCGACUUUAAUGAUUACAGGUUGAGCUCACUCGAGUUUCGUAACGCACAAUACAUAGCACUCAACACAGCGUUGGUUUCAGAUUCAGG